AGAAAGAAACGAAAAAGGCAGCAUACAGAAGAAAAAUUACCCUCUUACAUUUUGUUUGUAAUCAUCUGCACAUACACAUCACCUGUGUGUAUGUAUACGUGCACACACACACACACACACAUAUAUAUAUUAUACGAUUCUUAAGAUUUCAAUUCCAGCUACCUGAAAGGCCAUUCUGAUAUUUGUGGGAUUUUUAUCUGUUCUUUGCUAUUGCGGGUAUUUUAUCUUUCCUUAUUUUCGCGGGGAAAAUCGGGCUAGGGUUUCCUUGAUUGGUAAUUCGGAGGAAAUAGAAUGGCACAAGCAGUGGAAGAAUGGUACAAGCAGAUGCCGAUCAUCACGCGUUCGUAUCUCACCGCCGCCAUUGUAACCACAAUCGGCUGCUCUCUCGAUAUAAUAUCUCCGUAUGAUUUGUACUUGAACCCGAGGCUUGUGGUCAAGCAUUACCAAGUCUGGCGCAUCAUUACCAAUUUCCUGUAUUUCCGCCAGAUGGAUUUGGACUUCUUGUUCCAUAUGUUCUUUCUUGCUCGAUACUGCAAGCUUCUAGAAGAGAACUCCUUUCGGGGGAGGACUGCAGAUUUCUUCUACAUGCUGUUGUUUGGCGCCACUGUUUUGACUGGCAUUGUACUUCUUGGGGGGAUGAUUCCUUAUGUAUCUGAGUCAUUUGCAAAGAUUAUAUUCCUUAGCAAUUCACUCACAUUUAUGAUGGUAUAUGUGUGGAGCAAGCAAAACCCAUUCAUUCACAUGAGCUUUCUGGGUCUUUUUACUUUCACAGCAGCGUAUUUGCCAUGGGUUCUUCUUGGUUUCUCUGUUCUUGUUGGUGCUAGUGCCUGGGUGGAUCUUCUGGGAAUGAUAGCUGGUCAUGCCUACUAUUUUCUUGAAGAUGUGUACCCACGGAUGACAGGUCGGAGACCCCUGAGAACUCCAGCUUUUAUUAGAUCAUUAUUUGCAGAUGAGCCCGUAGUGGUUGCCAGGCCUGCAAAUAUCAGAUUUGCUGCUCCACCAGCAGCAGAUGAUGUUCAACGAAACUGAUCGGGCAAGGGGUGGAACUUGUGAAUGUUGAGCAUUGGUUCAACUUCUGAGAGAAGCUGUUGAGAACCCCUCAGUAGCUUCGUGGCAUUAAUGUUGCUGUAGCUUUAUCUUCACUCUUAGAUGUCCAGUUUUAACCCCGACUGUACAAAGAUGCAUCCUCAUUGCGAAGUUUUGCCUGAUACUUUGCUUUUGCUGUAUUUAUACUGAUUUAGGCUUUUCUGGUACACACAAUCAUAGUAACGCCCUUGAAGAUAACUGCUUAUGACAUCACAUUUGCAUGCGUUCAGUUCU